GUGAGAGAACUCAUUGACAAGGUGCGGGCAGUGUUCGUGGAGGCCCUGGACGAGCUGGGCUGGAUGGACGAGGCGUCCAAGAAGAAGGCCCAGGAGAAGGCCAUGAGCAUCCGAGAGCAGGUCGGCUACCCUGACUACAUUCUGGAGGAGAGGAACAAGCACCUGGACAAGGAGUAUUCCAACCUGAACUUCUCAGAGGACCUGUACUUUGAGAAUGGUCUGCAGAACCUCGAGGCCAGUGCCCAGCGGAGCCUCAAGAAGCUGCGGGAAAAGGUGGACCCAAAUCUCUGGAUCAUCGGGGCCGCGGUGGUCAACGCAUUCUACUCCCCAAAUCGCAACCAGAUUGUGUUCCCUGCCGGCAUCCUCCAGCCCCCCUUCUUCAGCAAGGAGCAGCCACAGGCCUUGAACUUCGGGGGCAUUGGGAUGGUGAUAGGGCACGAGAUCACGCACGGCUUCGAUGACAGUGGCCGGAACUUUGACAAGAAUGGCAACAUGCUGGACUGGUGGAGUAACUUCUCCGCGCAGCACUUCCAGGAGCAGUCGCAGUGCAUGAUCUACCAGUAUGGCAACUACUCCUGGGACCUGGCAGACAACCAAAAUGUGAACGGAUUCAGCACCCUCGGGGAAAACAUUGCUGACAACGGAGGGGUGCGGCAGGCCUACGAGGCUUACCUGAAGUGGGUGAGGGAAGGUGGCAAGGACCAGCAGCUGCCCGGGCUGCAGAUGACCCACGACCAGCUUUUCUUCAUCAACUAUGCCCAGGUGUGGUGCGGGUCCUACCGGCCCGAGUUCGCUGUCCAGUCCAUCAAGACCGACGUUCACAGCCCGCUGAAGUACAGGCAAGUGUCCCCGCGCCCCGCGCGCCUGCGCCCCGGCGCGCCCCGCUCCGUCUCAGGCUGCCCU